AUGCCUCUCAGAGCCAAGCUGCUGUCGCAACAGCCGCAGUCACAACGGCUGAUGUCGACACAACAAGCCUACGAUCUUUUCAAACCCCGCGACGACGACGAGCCCGAGGAUGUCCUCUUCAACAGUCUCUACGGCCUCCGGUCCGUCGAGCUCAACAGGCCAAAGAAGUACAACGCUCUCAACGGGUCCAUGAUCCGCAAGAUCGCCCCGCGCAUGCUGGAAUGGGCCAAGUCGGACAUGGCCAACGUUAUCGUGAUGAAGGGCGCUGGAGAGAAGGCUUUCUGUGCCGGCGGCGACGUCGCCCAGCUGGCCGAGUGGAACCAGUCCGGGCCCGAGGGCCAGGCGAAAUCCAAGGAGUACUUCGCACAGGAAUACCAGCUGGACCACCUGAUCGCCACCUACAACAAGCCCUAUGUCGCCUUCAUGGAUGGCAUCACCAUGGGCGGCGGCGUCGGGCUCAGCAUCCACGCCCCCUUCCGCAUCGCGACCGAGCGCACCGUCUUCGCCAUGCCCGAGACGAACAUCGGCUUCUUCCCCGACGUCGGCGGCUCCUUCUUCCUCCCCAGGAUGCCCGGCUCCGUCGGCACCUACCUCGCCCUGACCAGCUCGCGCCUCACGGGCGCCAACGUCUUCUACUCUGGCGUUGCUACCCACUAUCUGCACUCGACCUCUCUUCCGCGGCUCGAGUCCCGCCUCGCCGAGCUGCGCUUCAAUGACGAGGAAGAUAUGGAGACCCGUCUAGCCACCAUUAACGCCACCAUUGAGGAGUUCGUCACGGGCCUGCCGCACGACGAGCCCAUUCUUCUCGGCGGCGAGCUGCGCCGCGCCAUCGAUCGGUGCUUCUGCCACAACAGUGUCGACCAGAUCCUGAGCUCCCUGAAGCGGGAGACCGGCGCGACGCGCCAAUGGGCCGAGGAGACCAUCACCACGCUGCACGCGCGCUCACCCACGGCCGUGCACGUGGCGCUGCGGCAGAUGCGUAUCGGUGUCAAGUGGUCCAUCCGGGACACCUUCAUCCGCGAGCACUCGAUCGCGUCCAAGUUCAUGGCCUCGCACGACUUCACCGAGGGUGUCACUGCGCUGCUCGUCGACAAGCGGCCCGCGACCUGGAAGCCGGCGUCGCUCACCGAGAUCUCCCCGGAGCAGAGCCCCAAGCUGACCGAAGACUACUUCCUCAUGUCGCGCAAAGAACCCAAGCUGGAGCUGCUGACGGAGGCCAACUACGAAGACUACCCGUACGCCCAGUUCGGCGUGCCCACCGAAGCACAGGUCGAGAAGAAGGUCAGCCUGGGUACCAUGUCGCGCCCCCAAAUCGUCGACGCCUUCCUGAGGGAGAGGAGCCAGAAGCAGGGCGUCAAGGAGGUCGUCGAGGAGAUCCUGGCCCGCAAAACCACGGGCGGGUCCAGGGCGGUGGCGAAAUGGGUGUACUAG